GGCCGCGCCGCCGGGGCAGGAGCGGCGGCAGGCGGCGGGGCCAUGGGGAACCUGUUCGGGAGGAAGCGGCGGAGCCGCGUCACCGAGCAGGACAAGGCGGUGCUGCAACUGAAGCAGCAGCGGGACAAGCUGAAGCAGUACCAGAAGCGGAUCAGCCAGAACCUGGAGCGGGAGCGAGCCCUGGCCAGGCAGCUGCUGAAGGAGGGCAAAAAGGAAAAAGCUAUGCUCUUGCUAAAGAAGAAACGCUACCAAGAGCAGCUUCUAGACAAAACAGAAAACCAAAUCAGCAACCUGGAGAGGAUGGUCCAGGAUAUUGAAUUCACUCAGAUUGAAAUGAAGGUCAUUGAGGGUCUGAAAAUAGGCAAUGAAUGUCUGAACAAAAUGCACCAGGUUAUGUCAAUAGAGGAAGUAGAAAGAAUAAUAGGGGAAACUCAGGAUGCUGUGGAGUACCAGAGGCAAAUAGAUGAGCUGCUGGCUGGCAACCUGACUGAGGAAGAUGAAGAUGCCAUUCUAGAAGAAUUAAACACUAUUACUCAGGAGCAGAUGGAGCUUCCAGAAGUUCCUUCAGAGCCACUUCCAGAGAAGAUCCCAGAAGCAUCACCUGUCAAGAACAGGCCAAAAGCAGAGCUGGUGGCAGCAUCCUAACUCCCACUGCUGGGGAUUCCCCCCGACUUAACUUGCACCCAGGACAGUUUGCCAUCCCAGCGUGUGCUGGGAACAAACAAUGCCUCGGCAGCAUCCCAGCUGUGCUGGGCAGAUGAUGGAGCAGGAUUCCCCCUGCCGGGUGGGGAACCCUCAGCAGGUUUUUUUUGCUCUUGUAUCAAGAUUAUUUUCUAGUGCUUUCCUUUCCUGUUUUUUGGGUAACUUAAAUUCUGAACUCACUCAGCUGCGCUGUCUCGGGAUUAAACAACAGCUCUCCAACUUCCAAA